ACGACGUCACUCAACUGAAGCGGGAGCUGUCAGUUCAUUCUCAGAACAGCGAAAACAAAAUCAGCAACUGGCAAGCAGCCAGCACCUCAAGGCAGGGACGCAUUACUGGACAUUGCUUUUUCUGACUACUUCACCAUGCCCCAUUGACAACUCGCCAAAAGCCCGACCAGCCGCAGCUUAUCAUCCACAUAGGCUCCGCGACGUGAUGCGCUUUCCUCUUGUUCCACCAAGAUGAUCCGCAGCAGGACCCCGCAGUCCAUCCUACAAAAGACUUACGAUGAAAGUUACCUCACAUGUUCAACGGCGGUCUACUAUGAGAGUCAGGGCAAUGAGGCAGAGGCGAUGAGGUGCUGGAAGUCGGCCCUUGAGCAGAUCUAUGACCACAAUGCGAACAAACUCCCGUCAAACUACACUGCCCGGUCCGAGACUGAGAGGGCGUUGGUGGAGAGUUUGCGCCAGCUGGAGCUCCAAUGUAAGGAACGCAUUGACCUGCUCGAGGCCCUACGUCUAUCCCGCCAGGAAGACUCGACCCUGCAAGAAUCAUCCUCCGCCGGCAGUGGUCUCCAACCUCUUGAACCAUCCGACUCGGAGCCACGUGGAAGAGGCUGGAUUGGUUGUGGAACAAUACCCGCCAUAACCUAUCCCGAAUUAUCUAGGCCGGCUGUCCCCCCCAAGCCUCUAUCUUUAUCGCCCAUGAGAACAACUUCACAGCAAGGAGCCACCCCAGGGAGCAGCAGGAGAGAAGAACGGGGUGUGGAUACAGUGUCUUCUCAUUCAUCGUCUGCAAAACCCCAGUCCCCAGUCACCAUACCGGCUCCAGGGCACAAGGUCUCGAGAUCUCCAAGUCCAGAGAGAUAUUCCAUGAGAACCACACUUCGAUCAAGCAAACAAGGAGAAAAAGUGACCAAGCCCUCGGUGAAGCGAUCGACACCUAAACCUGCCAGUGGCCCUGGAGCCAACAAGGCAGCGACAUUGGCCUGGUCUGCUCUGGGCCUUGGGGAGAAGGCUGGUAAAGCAGCCAUGAGCACAGCAGUGUCAACCCCAGUACCCAGUACACGAAAUUCCUCUGAGCCACCCCAGAGACCUUCUGCCCAUCCACGUGCGCAGUGGGAUAGCAAUUCAAGACGGCUGGUGACUCCCCGGAACGGGAACGUCCAUGGCUCUCUGGAGUCAAGAUCCAGUAUUGACUCGCCACCCAUGCGACACUUGGAUGAAUACCCUUUCCCCCAGCCACCGUCCCUCUCUGUCAGCGCAGCUUCGAGUGCGCUAAGCUCGCUAGCCUUGAAAGGACCGGCGGAGCGUUCAUCACUGGACUCGGAACGCCCGUCUCGCCAACAGAGGACUGCUUCUUCAGCAGACCCCCUGGAUAGAAUGGAUAGAUUCGCAGCUACGGGCAGUGGUCAAUAUGAUGCUACCCGGGAGUCCAACCAUACCUUCUCUCAGAGCCGCAAGUUCUCGUCAGAUCCACCAAUCAGGCGUGACUCUCCUGGGCAAUCGCUUCCAGUUGUCAACAGAGGAGGGACUCCUUCAAGAGCAGCCAACUCAACCACCAUGGCUCAGCCAGCUAUACGGCGAAAAGCUGUGCAGAAAAAAAGGGGGCAGCAGUCAUCAUCAUCAAGCACCGACGAAGGGGGACCACCGACUCGCGACGGGUCGCCACGGCGAAGUGGCAAAGAAAAACGACGAGCGGGCUCAUCCCUUGCUGGGUUUCAGGCGUCUUCAGACGGCUCAUCAGACGACGAGAACGCCAGAGCUGCCAAGGCGUGGAAGAAGCGCAAGGCUCAGAUACUGAAGAACCUUCCUCAGGGCGUCGACGAGCAUGCUGCAAAACAGAUUCUCAACGAGAUUAUCGUCCGAGGGGAUGAGGUCCACUGGAGCGAUGUGGCAGGCCUCGAAAUAGCCAAGAAUGCGCUGAGAGAGGCGGUGGUGUACCCCUUCCUCCGCCCAGACCUGUUCCAGGGCUUGCGUGAACCGGCGAGAGGGAUGCUCCUCUUCGGUCCGCCCGGAACAGGGAAGACGAUGCUGGCCCGCGCUGUUGCGACCGAGUCCAAGUCAACCUUCUUCUCCAUAUCUGCCAGCAGCUUGACAAGCAAGUACCUCGGAGAGUCGGAGAAGCUCGUGCGAGCACUUUUUUCGCUUGCAAAGGCAUUAGCCCCGAGCAUUAUUUUUGUUGAUGAAAUAGAUUCCCUGCUUUCCCAGCGAUCUGGUUCCGGCGAGAACGAGGCGACGAGGAGGAUCAAGACCGAGUUCCUGAUCCAAUGGAGCGAUCUCCAGCGGGCUGCUGCCGGGAGGGAGUCCAGCGACAAGAGCCAGGAACAGGGCGAUGUCAAUCGGGUGCUGGUACUGGCCGCGACUAACUUACCAUGGGCCAUCGAUGAGGCAGCAAGGAGACGGUUCGUGAGACGCCAGUACAUACCGUUGCCGGAAUCUCAGACCAGAGAAACACAACUCAGGACUCUCCUCGGCCAGCAAAAGCACAACCUCACCGACGCUAGCAUUAAGCAGCUGGUGAGCUUGACCGACGGGUUUUCUGGCUCUGAUAUAACCGCGCUGGCCAAGGACGCUGCGAUGGGACCUCUCCGAUCUCUGGGCGACGCCCUUUUGCACAUGACCAUGGAUCAGAUACGACCAAUCGAGUAUGCCGACUUUGUGGCAAGCCUUGCAACCAUCAGACCGAGUGUCAGCAAAGCUGGUCUGGAGGCGUAUGAGAAUUGGGCCAAGGAGUUUGGAGAAAGGGGCGGUUAGGUUGGGCCCGUGGUUGUGCCUAUGGGAUUCAUCUGUGUAUGGGCUUAUGAAGUCGAAGGAAGGGGACGGCUGACAAGACACGUCUUGUCAUGCCCUGCAAUAGCUUCAUCUGUUUAUCUAUCCCUUUUAUGUGUAUAUAAUAGAGGGCCUGAAAAAAAGUAAGAUAAAUAGGAAGAAGAGUGGCUGCCGCUUUUGGUCUUUGCGACGAAACCCUCAGCCCAGGACGGGACACACAGCAACACUCUUUAAGGUCGAAUACCUCCCCAGCCUCGGAAGAGAGCAGCACUUUGAAUGGCUGGGUAUCCAUCUUUGCAGUUGCAAUGCCAAUUAUGUAUACAAAUGAUAAGUACAGG